GUGCAUGAUGUACGCUACGAUCGAGCGGGUUCAAGUCUUUCGUAACCCAUUCCGUACAUCUCGUCGAUCUGUAACCCCACGUUUCCUUGCGAUCAUCGCUCUAAUCGUUAUUGGAGCACUAACAGUCACAGCACCAAAGUUCAUGAAACGCUCUGAUAUUUCACCCAGCAUCAAAACUAUCUUGGUGUCACUACAUGCUGUGAGCGUUGUUCUCGUUCCAUUCAUUGUGCUUACAUUACUGAAUACAUUGCUCGUACUUGCUCUCAAGAAGAAUACUAUGCCGAUGCACAUGUUGAAAGAUUCGCAAGCACAUCAAACCCUUCUUGUAGCAAGAAAUAAAACUGAACGAAAGGUCACAAUUAUGGUCACAGUGAUUAUCACUAGCUUUAUUGUAUGCAAUACACCAUCAGCAAUCCUUCACGUUCAGAUGUUUUUCCAUGAGGAGAAUCUCACAGAUGCAAUGUUUUUCUGUAUAUCGAAUUCUUUGGUCAUCACUGGAAAGGUGUUGAACUUUGUGCUUUUCUGUAUGUCUUCGGAUCAUUUUCGAGCUCUUCUACGCAUGCAGCUGCAGUCUGCCUUCGAGUGCUCCAGCAUUACAAGAAGGAGCAGUUGCCGAUCAGCUACCAAAACUUUCAGUAUUCCUCUUCACGACCUAUAGAU